GGUUUGUGAGCUUAGAAUCCGCAGCGCGACGCCCAUCGGGCAGCCUCGGUCACAUCGAUUUCAAGCAAUCGAUUCAAGCAAUAGUUUCGAAGCGCCGCCGGUCGGAGCGGACGCCGUCGGGCAGCCGCAUCGGUUCGAGCAGCAGCCAUGGCGGCGCCGGACGGCCGCGCCUUCCGCUUGUUGGUCUGCGCGCCCAUGCCUCUGGGGACGAGCUGGACGCGAGCCGAGUACCGCCGCUACCUCAUGGGUUUGGGUAUACGACCAGUGCCGUCGGUGGGUGACAUCGGCACGCUCCUGGAGUCGUACGCCGCCAAAAGGUGCGGCGUCCACCGCGGCGUCGAACGAGGCGGCGCGGUGACAUAUGGGACUAAUGCACAUAGAGCCAGGGAGGUCCUGGCCUCGGGCCGACCUUUAAGGCCGCCGCCGAAGCGCCGCGCGCCGCGACGGCGGCCGCCGUCGAUGCAUUCUUCCUUGAGAUUAGCCUCUCCGAAAGCCAUCGAGGCGACGUGGGAUGAUGAUGAGGAUGCCCUGCUGACGGGCACGGCCUCCCAUCUUAAAGAGGCGUACAAGGCGGGCUACGCCGCUGUUGGCGACGCUCCCUCGUCCCCGUCGAGACCGCCGUGGUCGCCGCGGGGCAAGGCCCCAAACUCACCGAAGCGCCUCCAGCAGGUCGCAUUGGAUGCGCCGCGGCGGUCUCCACUGAAGUUAGAGGCCGCCUCGUCGAAGGUCUUGGACGAGACGCGCGAGGAGGCGAAGCAGGCGCGCAUCGAGGCCGCGCGGCUCCAGGUCGAGGCGGCUCGUUUACAAGCGGAGCUCACGCAGCGCGAUUCUGAGAAGAUACGCCUCGAGGAUGCAUUGAAGAAGCACGACAAGAAGGCCGCGCAGCGCGAGGCGGAAUUGCAGCGGCUACUGUCAUCAUCAAAAGACGACGAACGGUUAUUCAUGGAUCAAAGUUCCAAACAAUAUCAGAUGCUCGAGGAGGAGCUGACGCAGACGAGGAAAGCACACGACGACGUCCUCAGAGAGAAGGAGGCGUAUGCGGCUCAAAGCGCGUCGCACCAGGCGAGGCUCGCCGAGGCCGAGGCACAGCUUGUGGACACGUCAUUGAGACACGCGGAGCUCGCCCAUUCCAUCGACGAGCUGCGGCUGCAGGGCCGGAAGCAGAUUUCGGAGCGAGAACGGGAGUUGUCGACGCAACUGCAAGAGGUGCGGUCCGAACUAGACAAGGAGCGGGCGAAGCCGCCGCAGUCGCCGGAUUCGCGCGCCGCGCGCGAUUUGCAAAAGAAGGUCCAGAAGCUGGAGCGACGGCUGCAGAAGGAGCGCGCCGUCGCGGAGCACGCGGCGGCCGUCCUCGAACAUGCUGAAAAAGAGCCGCCCCACGACGACCGGUUACAGGCGCUCGAGGCGUCCAUCGCCAAUACAUUGGAGGCCCUCGACGGCCACGAGGAUGUUGAUGAUGACGAGUUAUUGGAGGCGGAGCAGCACCUCGCGGAGCUGGAAGGGCUCCACGAGGAGCUGGUCGAGCGGUCGGCAAAGUCGCCGGUGAAAGACAGCUCGUCCUCCGACGAGGCCGAGCCGCCUCCACAAAGACGGGCGACGCCCCUCGACGCCGCGCGGGCGUCGCCCAGAAGGCCUGCGCCGUCGGACGAUGAUGACGAAGAGGGCUGGCCCGCGCCGCCGACGGCGUCGGACGACGGCGGCCGCGGGCCCGCGUACUCCUUCGACGUCGACGAACCACCACCGCCACCACAAGCGACGAAGGACGCGCCCCCCGCGCCGCCGAGCGACUCGGACGACAGCAGCGAGGGCUGGCCGGAGCCCGCGGCGACGCCCGCAAUGCCAUCGAAAGCGCCACCGCGGCGCCUCGACACGAUCCGCUCCGACGACGGCAGCGACGACGACAGCGGCGACGCCUGGCCCGACGCCAAACCCGUUUCAGGUGGCUACGGCCAGGACGACACGGCCGAGGGCGUCGUGGGUAUCACGGCGCCGACCGGUGGUAAUGAUGACGACGACUCGGACAGCGGCGACGACUGGGGCGCGCCCUCGCGCGAGGCGUCGUCGUCGACGGCGCCCGUCGCGCAGACGUCGGGCGAGAUCCACACCAUUGACGACUGGGACGACGAGGCGCCCGCGCCCGCGCCCGCGCCGCCGAAGCUGUCGCCGCUCGACGCCGCCGUCGCGGCACGGCGGGCGGCCAUCGAGACCGACUCGGACAGCAGCGCGGGGUGGCCGUCGCCGACGGCCGGCGCGGCGCGGGCUUCCGCUGACGACAUGUCCCAGGGUUCCGAUGACUCCGACAUCGAGUCGGCUGUGGAACAGCGGAAGGAUUCUUGGCCUUCCGACGACGAGUCGGAGGAUAGCGCGUGGGGGCGGAAGUAAUAUUUAGUCGUAUCCGCCAUGUAGUAGUUGUAGCAA